AAGAGAGUUUACUUUUUUACCGACAAAAAAUAGUUGAUAUUUUCACCGUUAAUGGCGCAGUUAUCGCUUGAAAUAGACGAAAUAGCUGGAAAUAGCAUAAAUAGUAAAAUUCAUUUUCUUUAUUUUUAUUCUAUGACAACUUUAAGUGUGUUCGAGUGCAAUAGCAUGUGCAACAGAGUGACAGAGUGAGACAAUAAUAAUAAAAAGAGGACACGUUCUCUUCUUGACCACAUCAAGUAGAUACAUAUUGGAACUUGGAAUUUGGAAGACUUGGAAUACAAAAUUGGAUAUCUAUAUACACUUGGGUUAAAUUGUAAAUAAAAAUAGGUACAUUUAAAAAACAAAGCCAAAAAUACAUUUGAGCAAAUUGAAAAUCAUCAUUUUUAUUUUUUGGAAAAAAUAAAAUAAUGGCACCAAGUAAACGAAGAGCACUACAUCAAAAUAGUAAUAGUAUGAGUUAUAGCACAAGUGGUGGUGUUGGUGGUGGUGGUAAUAAUACAUUAACAGGUUCACCAGGAAGUAGUUUUAAAUCAAGUAAAAUGAAUUUUCGUCCAUCAUCUGGAAUACAAGAAGACCGGGGUGGUACGAGACCAACAACAACAACACCAAGUUCAAUUGGUCUUGUAUUAAUAACAAUGAUUAUUCAUAUAUGUAAAAAAUCAUUGUUAUUUGAUGCAAAAUUAAAAGUUGGAAUAUAUCUUAUGGCAACAUUUAUUGUAUCAUUAAUAUGUGAUUUUGUAACAAUGCCAAAAACUUAUUUUUCAACAUCAGAUAAUAUAUUAAAUCGUGUAUUUGUUAAAUGGGGAUGGGCAUGGUUUUUACUUGUUAUAAUACCAUGGAUAACACUAACAGCACAUACUAUUGCUUGUGGUAAGAAAAAUAUAUUAUUAAAACAUAUAUCAAGAAUAAUUGUGGCAACAAUUUCAUGGCAUUUAUGGACAAAAACAUUUCAAUAUAUUGAAAAAAAUUAUGGUCGUUGUAAUACUAAAGAUUUAAAUUUACAAACAAAAUCAAAAUGCAUACAAGCUGGUUUUUUUUGGAGUGGUUUUGAUAUAUCUGGUCAUACAUUUAUAUUAAUAUAUAUAAGUUUAAUACUUGCUGAAGAAGCAUCAUCAUUUAUUGGAUGGGAAAGUAUCAAAGAUUUUAUUAUUAUGGAACAACAUUCAAGAACAAUAAAAGAAGUUAGCACAAGUCCACUUAGAAAUUUAAGUGAAACUCAAUUAAAUUUGUUGAAAAAAACUCAUAAAACAUUAACACCAUAUUUAAGAGCUUUAUUUAUUGCAAUGACACUACAACAAUUAUUUUGGGAUGUUAUGCUUGUAUCAACAAUGAUAUAUUAUCAUAUUAUGAUUGAAAAAUUUAUUGGUAGUGUUAUUGCUAUUUGUACUUGGUAUGUUACAUAUCAUUGGCUUUAUAAAUUAUCAAUUAUUUUUAUAAAUUCACCUGGUGAUGGUUUAUUUGAGUAUAAUAAAAAUUAUAAAAAUAAAAAAAAUAAUGUUGCUGCUAAAACAAGACGUUCAACAACAACAUUGAUAGGUAACAAUACUCCAACAUUUAUGGGUAUGCCAAUACGCACACAACAAACACAAGAUUCUUAUGAUAGUCAAAUUAUUGAAAAUGAUGCAACAACAAAUCGAUAAACACAAUUUAAUUUAAUCUCUUUGGAAUAAAUAAAUAUUGAUACGUAAGUUGGUACCUAUUUGGGGAAAUCACAGGGAUAUUUUUUCAACAAUGAAAAAAUAAUUAUUAAUUGUUUUUUAAGUUGUAUCAAGAGUAAUUGGAUCAUUUUUUUUUAAUAAUAAAUGGAUUUAAAAUAUAUUAAUUAAUCAGUAAAAGAAAAUGUAUUUUUUAAUAAUAAUAUAUUGAUAAUUAUUAAUUAAAAAAAAAAAAAAUAAAUAAAUUGUUAUGUUUUGCUCUUAAAAAUAAUACUUGAAAAUUAUAUACCUAUAAAAAAAUAUAAAAUAGUUUUUUUUUUUUUUUUCACCAAAUUGUUAAAACAAAUAUAUUAUUAUUAUUAUUAUUAUUAUUUUUAUUAUUACAUUUUUUUUUUUCAUAUUAAUCUAACUGGAAUUAUUUUGACUUUGUCAUUUUUUAUUGAUUAAUUUCAGUUUGUGUAUAAAAUUGUUCACCAAACCAUUCUCGAUGCA